AUACAUUUUGAUUGAAUAAAUCGAAUAAAUGUAAAAAUCAUAACUCAUGAAACAACACUCAUACAAAGUGCUUUACUUACAUGUCCUAAGUUUCUACGUAUAGUACAUUAAAAUGUGAAAGUCAAUUAAGAUUUGCAAGUGUAUAAUUAUAUAUUUUUACGUUACAAUUAUAAAAUAAGUCUAAGAAAGAAAUACAUAAAAUGACUAAGUUUAUCAUUUAUAAAAACAAGCAUCAAUAUUGUCAUUGAAAAAUAAUACAAAAUGAUAUGAGAACGAUAUUUCAUAAAAAAUAUAACAAAUAAUAAUGACUCGUUCAAUAUUCUUGUAAAGCUUCGCGGUAUAAUGCAGAAUUAAUCAUUAGGAAAUCCGGGGAAGUCCGACGGAAAGUUCAUUUGCUACAUGAAGAAAAAGUACCUACCAAAGUGAAGCAUUAAUUUCGCCGAACCUAUUCACAGAAAUCUCGUUCAUCUUGAUGAACAAACAAGACUUGUAAUCUGUUAUUUCCUUAGGAAGAUUUUUAAGCCGAUGAUAAGUAAUCAGUAAUCAAAUCCACAAUUUGUGUGAACGUUGCACUUUAGUUGCAUUUUCGUAUAUUGCAUUUUAUAAAUCUGCUUUUAUUUCAUUUUAUUUUUAGAUAUUUUGAUCUUUGACAUAAGGGGAAAAAAUGUAGUGUCACUACAGAUGUUUAUACUAAACUAGAUUGCUAAUAUGUCACUAUUUGAAUAAUAUUAAAUGACUUGUAGGACACAUGAAAUUUUCGGUUGUGAGAAAUAACGGUUCUGUAUGUAAAAUAUAUGCCAUUUGUGUGAGUCUUACUUAUAGUGUCGAUGUGUAUCCGCGUGGAAUAUGCUAUUGUUUUAUUUUUUAUGCGAUUUCAUUGAUUAUGUUGACAUAUUCAAGACUGCCGCCAUUUUCUUUUAUACAAUCGGAAAUUUCACGCGACCGACGUCUGAAAUCUAUAGUAGCAAUUUAGUUUAGUGUAGAUAUCUGUGAAUAACACAUGAUUAACUGAAAAAACGAUAGUCUUCUACAUAUCACACAAAUCACUUAUUAUUUUCAAGUAUUAAGAUUGCAAGAUGUCGGGCAUCGUGGAGUGGUAUAGAGAUUUAAUCGACAAUAAACAGGAUCCGAGAACGGAAGAAUGGUUUCUAGUUUCUAGUCCUGGUCCAACCCUGACGAUCGUAGCGACAUACAUAUACUUCUGCAUCUCCGCCGGACCGAGAUAUAUGAAGGACAAGAAGCCAUAUGAUUUGAAGACUACUAUGAUAAUUUAUAACUUCAUUCAGGUCCUGUUAAGCCUUUAUUUGGUUCACGAGGGCUUGUUAAGCGGUUGGUUAUACGAAUACAAUUAUAUCUGUCAACCAGUCGAUUAUUCGUAUAAACCGAGCUCCGUAAGGAUGGCCCGUGGUGUUUACACGUAUUUCAUAUGUAAGCUGAUCGAGCUGCUGGACACCGUUUUCUUCGUGAUGCGCAAGAAGGAUCGUCAAAUCUCAUUUCUACAUCUCUAUCAUCAUUCAAUGAUGCCGAUCUGCGCUUGGAUUGGCGUCAAAUUCUUCGCUGGCGGCCAUCCGACUCUCCUUGGUGUCAUCAACUCUUUCAUCCACGUCUUCAUGUACACGUAUUAUAUGUUGGCGGCGUUUGGGCCGCAUAUGCAGAAGUAUCUCUGGUGGAAAAAGCAUUUGACUACUAUGCAGAUCGUGCAAUUUAUUAUAAUAUUCUUUCACAAUAUUCAAAUGUUAUUUACUAGUUGCAACUUCCCGAAGCCACUCUCGUUCCUACUUAUGCUCAACUCCGGCAUGUUCAUUUACAUGUUCGGAUCGUUCUACGUGAAUAAUUAUGUAAAGAAAUCGAAGGAUCGAAGAUCAGAAAUAACAAAGAAAUCGAAGACUAAUGGUGUUGUACGUAUCGCGACCAACGGAUCCGUUAGCGUUAAUGGUAAUUCGAUCUUCUUUGACGAGAUAGACAACGCUAAGUUCGAUUAAAGGACUCUCGACGUGGAGUGUUUCUGUUCGCAAGACUGUAACUGCGCGAAUAGAAGGAUGAUUCUUCCAAGGAUGAUUUAUCAAGGGAAACAUAUAUUGGAUUUUGUAACGUAGUUGCAAUAAACUUCGUAUCUACUGAGAGAAAAAAUAAAAAAAGAGAAAAAGAGUGAGAGAAAGAGAAAUAACGUUCUCGUUAUUAAAAGACAUUCUCGCGGCCUCGACGUUAUUCCGUCAAUAUUUCUGCAACGCAAAUUAUGAAAGUAGGUUCACGCAUGCUAGUAGGAAAAAGUGGAAGGAUUGAUUUGACAUACUUACGUUAAGAACGAUUGGCUUAUGAGAACGAUCUUUACACUUUUUAUUAGAUUAGGCGCAAUCUAGACGAUUUAAUCAUUAUUUCUAUAAAAAAUCUAUUUCUCCGAUUUACGAAAUCUUGAAGAGUUUGUAAAAUAAAUUUUAAUAUGUAAUAUGA